GUCCGUGGUACCGCGAGUGACAGACUACCUGUUGUAGUAGCGUCAGCGACACAGGAUAUACAGGAGAAUAUCAGAUUCUGGGAUGGUGUGUGUGAGGUGCAUUCUCCAGGUUGUCCUACUAGCAAGCGCAGCUGCAAAAAUCAGUUACUUCUGGCACAUCACUGAUAUUCACUUAGACGUUGACUAUUCUGAAAAGGGCGACCCGAGAAAAAACUGCUGGCACUCGCGUGGCGGCGGCCGAGACACGGUGGGCAAGUUUGGCCACUACAGCUGCGACUCGCCGUGGUCCCUUGUACACUCGGCGGCGAAGCUGAUGAAGACUCGCAGCGCCGAGGACGUCGAGUUCGUACUCUGGACUGGGGACGGUCUGUCGGUGAUGUCAAGCAGCAGGUCGUCAGAGAAGCAGGUGGCAGCGCUGCAGAACCUCACUCAUCUGUUCAGUCUGACGUUUCCCUCACAGUUCGUGUUCCCCGCCUUGGGACAUGACGACCCUGGGGGGAACCUGGGGGAGCGUCUCAGCUACCAUGAGCUGGCAUCUUUCUGGCAACAGUGGCUGCCAACCGAGGCACUGCAGACUUUCAACAAAGGAGGUUACUACACUAUCGAACAGGCGGACCAUAAGCUGCGUAUUAUCGCUUUAAACACAAACCUAUUCUCAAGCCCAGAAAGAGGUGAAGUGCAGCUAAAUUGGCUUACAGAGGUUCUGGAGAAGUCGCAGAUACUCAGAGAAAAGGUGUAUAUCGUAGGACACAUGGGCCCCGGGCCGGACGAGCGACAGCCGGACACUAUGCCUCACUUCAGCGAGGAGGCGGCCCGGCGCUACCUAGCCUUGGUGCGGCGGUUCUCUGACAUCAUCGCUGGCCAGUUCUUUGGACAUCUUCACUCGGACACGUUCCGACUCGUCUACAACCACGCAGCUCGACCUGUAUCCUGGAUGCUGAUGGCGCCUUCUCUCAGUCCCAGAAGGACCAACGGUGGCGCCAACAAUCCUGGACUACGACUCUAUAAAUUUAAUAAGGACACUGGCCAGGUGCUGGAUUACACUCAAUUCUACCUCGAUUUGUCGCUAGCCAAUGAGAGGGGCAAGGCUGAAUGGAGGUUGGAGUAUAAUUUCACCUCGUACUACGGCCUUACGAACAUCUCAGCUGGGUCCCUGCAUGAGCUGGCAGCUUCGUUCAGACACGACACGCGUGCCUUUGACAAGUACUAUCAAGCCAACUCAGUGAGACUACCAGUUGGCCAUUGUGACGACUCGUGCACCCACACCCACUACUGCGCCACCACCAGGGUGGAGUACUCGGAGUUUAGACAUUGUCUAGACGCUGCGGCUUCUGCUUUGGCCUCUGGAUGUCCGGCCUUCACAGCUGGCCUCUUCGUCUUAAUGGCUUUCAGUCUCUCCUCCAUUGUCACGUGACCCUCCUCUCUUAUCACCCUGAGUGAAGAUCGCUAGCCUUCAUUACCUCAACGGCCCUAAGUUCUAUCUACUGGUAGGAAAGUAUUUUAGUUUUUUACCUGUUAAAUAUUUGAAUUUAAUCUCUUUUUUCUAUUGUAGAUUCUCUGAAGUCUCUUGAUAAGAAUGUUUAUUACCAGCCGAUAUUUUUUCUCUUAUUUAUUAAUAUAUAUAACUGUUAUCUAAGUGUGAAGUUUACUUAAGUGUUACUUGUAUGAAAGCUUUAUUUUGUCUAUUCAUGUUAAGCUAUGAUUUAUUAUGCGUACAAUUAAUAUAAGUUAUAGUGAUAAUUCCUUUAAAAUUCAAGGGUACAUAAACAUUUUCCUUAUGAGCAUGACCUCCUAUGAAAUUGUUUUGCUAUUAAAGAAAAAAUUCAAAUUAAUACUAACACAAACAAUAAUUGAUAAAACUAAUAAGGUGUAAGUUACCAGUACUGUAAUAAAAAGAUUGUACAAGCAGUGAUUAUUUGAAAAGGGAAUAUAUGAAAACAUAUGAGUUAUCAUAACUGGAAAUCUUUUACAAAGUUCGUAUGCGUUUUCAGCUGAAAAUGUUAUUUGGCUUAGACUAGUUUCAUUUGCUUUUCGAAUUUUCUUUUACUAACUAAAAUGAUUUUAUUCAGCUUUCGUAAAAGCAAUAGCUAUGAAAAUUCAUACGAUUAGAAAACUUGUUCCACAAGAUUUUGGAAGGACAUUCCCUGGUGUAGCAUUUAGUUCGAGUCCAUCCAAAAUAUCAGGUACUAGUUGCUAUAUCGGAAAAGGUUGCUAUUAAUCUCAAAUACUAAAAGGUUUCACUCUGUCAUAAGUUGUGUUAGUUUCGUGCCACUCUAAUAAUCUUUUAUAGAUACAAGUGGUUCCUAACACACUUAGCGGUUUCGGAAAACAAUCUUUUACUCAACAAGUAUACUAUCAUUUAUUUUAUAACCUCAACUAAUUGGUCAAGCCACGUGGUAUUUAAUACAAAUUAUAAUUUUAUAAGUAUUAAGCUUUCUAUUGCGACUGUGAUAAACUUGUUCUUCGAGGACUGAGUUUAAUUAGAAUUGAAAUAGAAAUUUGACUGAUAGUAUUAUGUGGUUUAGUUUUAUACUCGUUUUUAGAUUUCCAUUAGUAGGAUCAACUGUUAGUAAAGCUUAGAAUAAGUUUACUACUUAAAAUACAUCUUUGUUUAUUUUUGUGAUUUUUUUACAAACGUUUUUGUUACUUUUAGUUAUAAAGGUUUCUUCUAGUGUUAUGAAUAAAAUGAAAACUUUAUGCUACUCUUAAUACUAAUGUAUAUUUAUGUAAAUAUUAGAUAUCCGUUUGAUGUAGUAAAAUAUAUUUGUAAUAUUCUGUCUUUAAAAUAAAGAAGCUAUACUUA